AUGAACAAUAAAUAUUAUCCCAUAAAAGAGACUAAUGUUGAAAAGAGGGUAAUAAAUGUAUUUAAAAAAAAACUCGAACAAAAAAAACAGGAAUAUUUGAUGUUUAAUUUACCAAAAGGUUAUCAAAAUAAAAAGCUAGAAAAUGUGAAUAACGGAACAAAAAAUAUUACCAUGGCUAGCCAUGAUAACAAUAAAGUCGGUAAUAUGAUCGACAAUAUAAAUGGAAAUAAUAAUAAUAAAAAAAUUAUAUAUAUAGAAGCAUGUGACACACACGAUAAAUAUGUAUUAAAUAUAGAUGACGAAGAAAAUAAAAUAAACAACAUAGAUUUGCAUACAGAAUAUAAAUCUGAUAGUCUUUACAAAAAGGGAAUACUCAAUACUGAAGAAAACUACAAUGGAUCAAUUCAUAUACCUUUACAAAUAUUAUCAAAUAGAUAUGAUUAUAAUGAUGUAGUUCAAGCAACUAAUAAUUUUUCUGAAGAAAAUAAAAUAGCUAAAGGAGGAAAUGGAAUUGUAUAUAAAGGAAUACUAAAAAACUGUAUUAAUGUAGCUAUUAAAGUUUUAAAAAAAAAUGAAAAUAAUGGAUUUGAAAAUGAACUAAUAAUUAUGAGCAGAUAUAGACACAAUAAUAUUUUAUCAUUAUUAGGUUAUGCUAUGAAUACAAAUUAUUUUUAUUUAAUUUAUGAAUACGUAAGUUUAGGAGAUUUAAGAACACUUUUAUUUAAUCAUUAUUAUUUUUAUAAUUCACAAAAUAAAGAAAAUAUAGAUUUUAAUAAUUUAUCAAAUAUGAAAUUAAAUAAUUAUAAUAAUAUUCCAAAGAAUAAAUAUAUCACUUCCUUAAAUAAUUAUACAAACCUUAAUUAUUCAAAAACCUCAAAUUUAUCUGAAAAUCAAACACCCCUUUUUCUAUCUUUUAGUACCAGAAUAAAUAUAUUAGUUCAAAUUAUAAAUGUACUUUGCUACUUACAUACAUCCUCUCCAAUAGUAUAUCAUAGAGAUUUAAAAUCGGCUAACAUUUUGAUUGAUGAAAAAUUUAAUGCUAAAUUAGGCGAUUUUGGUCUAUCUUUUAUUUACAUAAAUAACAAUAACAUCUUCAAUUUAACUGGUGGGACGCCUGGAUAUGCUGAUCCAUAUUAUAUAUCAACUCAUGAAAUAAAUGAACAGACAGAAAUAUAUUCCUUUGGAGCAUUAAUAUUAGAAAUGUUAGUAUCUAAAUCACCAGCUAUACAUGUAGGAAAAAAUUAUAGUUGUAUUUAUACUCGAAACGAAAAAUGUCCAAUACAUUGUCAUAGAGAUAAAAAUGAUAACGACGAUAACGUAUUUGAUUAUUUAAUUAAUCAUAUAAAUACAAAUGAUUAUAAAUCUAUUUAUUCAAUUUUAGAUUAUAGUGUUAAUUUUCCAGAUUUUCUAGUUGAAAAAUUAACAAAAUUAUCUUUUUUGUGCUUAAAUCCAAAUAUAAAAAACCGACCUUCAUCAAAAUUAGUAAAUUUAAUAUUGUUAGAAAUACAAAAAGAAUGUAAUUUUUUUGUAAAAAAACAAGAAUUUUAUAUGAAAAAAGUUAAUAAUGUAAAUAUGUAUUUUGAUGAAUAUGAAAGAGAAUCAUAUAAUAAUUCGAUUAUUAAUGAUUGGAAUGAAAAAGACGCAGAAAAAAAACAACAGAAAAAAAAAAAUACAAAUAUUAUUGACACUACAAUACACAAAAAUGAAAAUAAAACAAAUAUAGAUUAUCAAAGAAAAAUUAAAAAUUAUAAUAAUUAUAUUAAACAAAUUAAAGAAAUAAAUUAUAAUAGUAUAAAUCAACUUUUUUUAAAUUUUGUUAAUUCAUUAUUUGGAAAUAGCCGAAUUUAUAAUUUAAAUAAAAACAUGUACAAAUUUUUUUUUUCUGAAAAUGUUCAGAAAAUUAAAGACAUACAAAAAAUAGCUACUAAUUAUAGUGAUAUAGAUAACACAACUAUGUUUAAUAACCCAAGUUCAUAUAAUUAUGUAUACUUUAAAUAUAAUACUGUUAAUAAUUUAACAAAUAUAAGGGAUGUAUAUUUUGAUAAGUUAUACGGAGAUAUGUUUAAUAAAAAUUAUAUUUUUAAUUCAUUUUCAUUUAAUUUAAUGAAUUGCUAUUUUCUUAAAUUUGUUCAUGAUUGUCUAAAAAAUAAUACUCUGAAUCAUUCAAAUAAUAGUUUAAUAUUAAAAAAUGAAUUUAAUAAAAAUUUUGUUGCAAAGAUUAGAAAAACUCAUGGUAGUGGGAAUUUACAUAAUAAACACGACGAAAAUUUUUGUAAUCUUAAUUUUUUUGACAAUUAUGAGGAAAAAGACAAGCAAUAUAUAAACAAUAAUAUAUCCUUGGGAAAAAAAAUCGAGAAAAAAAAAAUGCCCAUGAAAUGCUUUAGUAAUAAUAUUUUAAAUAUAAAAGGAGAAAUUAAUGUAACGAAAAAUAAAUAUAAUAACAAUAUAUAUAAUUAUUUUAUACCCCAAGAUCAAAACAAUAUUUUUAAAACAUCAAAAAAAAAUAAUGAAAAUCUCUAUAUCCAUCAUAAUGCUCAUGAAAAUAUGACGCCUAAUAUAUUAUUCAAUUUAUCCCCUAUCAAAAAUGAGAAUAAUAGUGGUUCCUCUAGUUAUGAUCAUAAUUAUCAAAGAAGGAACAUUACUUCUUCUAGAAAAUCCAGUAACGCUUUGAAUAUAAAAAAUGACUCUCAAAAUAUUAAUGGAUGUACUAACAGUUGUAACAAUGAAGGACAUAUGAAUAAAACCCCAAUUAUUAAUAAAUAUGAUACAAGCUAUGAAAAUCGAAAUAAAUAUAUAUAUUCUGAUCAUAAAAAUAAUAAUUCAAACCUAUUUUUUAAUAAUAAUAAUUUAGAUAAUGGGGAAAAUGUAAAUAAAAAAGAAAAAACUGAGAGUAGUAAUAAUAUCAGCAAUAACAUUCCAUGUAUUAACAAUUAUGAACAUUCAACAUGCUUAUAUAAUAUUCGUCAAAUCCAAGAAGAAAAAUAUAUGUCAAAAAAACUAACAUCAAAUAAAUGGCCUUUGAAAAGAAAUUGCAGAGAUAAUACUCCUAAAAUGGUUUUUAAUAUACAAGGAAAUAAUGAGAGCUUAAAAGAUACAUGUAUAAGUAAUAAAAAAAAAAUAAUGAGAAUAGAUUUGGCUUCUAAUAAUGAAAAAAUGACAGUAACACACAAGUAUAACACACCAACAAAGAAAAGAGAAAACAAUAAUACAAAAUAUACUAAUCUUAUAAAAUUCGGAAAUGAAAAUAAUAAUAUUCUUAGCGAGAGUAAUGGGUAUAAUAGUUAUAAUUAUAAUCCAGAAAAAGAAAGUUUAUUCUUUUCAAAAAAUCAUAAUAUUUUUAAAAAAGAAAGUGGUAAUGGUUUGCCUGAAAAAACGCCAUCACCGCUAAUGGUGGAUAUAAGACAUAAUAAUAUUGUAUAUGUGUCAAAUUUAUUAAAUUAUAUUAACUUUGAAAAAAAUCGAUAUACUUUUGAUUCCAAUACAUUUUCAUGGUUUAACAGCCAUAUAUUUGAAAUGAUAAUUGAUGAAAAUAAAGUUAUUUCAGAUGUAACUUUUUUAGAUAUUUUAUACGAAUUUAAUGUUUUUGAUUUUAAAAAAUUAAAUAUACCUAUUUAUGAAGAUGAAAAUAAAUAUCUUUUAAGAGGAAAAUGGUCUAACCAUGAAAAUGAUUUAGAAAAUAAUUUAACUUCUGUUAAUUUACAAAAAAAUUUUUUUUUUGAAAUAGCAGUACAUCAUGAUAAUCUAAAAAAUGCACACACAAUUUUUUUAUUAAAAUCUAAUCAAUCAAAAGAAUGCAUAAAUAAUGAAAAUGAUGUUAAAAAAAAAAUAUGGAUUUCAGAUUAUAUUGGUAGAAGAAAUAAUUUUGUUGAAAAAAUACUAAAAAAAUCUAUUUCAAAUAUUUUAUAUGAGUGUAUAAGUAGAAAACAUUGCUUAUUUUUACUAGAAGUGCAAAUGAAAACUUUAAAUAAACCAACAUGUUAUGAUAAUAAAGUUAUGGAAAAUUUUUCCUAUUAUUACUUUGAAUAUAAUAUCAAAGUUGUGUGCAAUAGUGAAAAUUGUAUAUUUUCAAAUAAUUAUAUACUUUAUAAAAAUAAUACAUAUUCUUAUAGUUUACCUAACAAUAUAUUAUCAUUACUUGUAUUUUCUGAAGACAAAGUUAUGAAAAAAAUAUGCCACUACAAAAAUUCAUUAACCACAACGCAAAGGAUUCAUUUCCCUUUGUACCCAUUUUUUGUAAACAUUAAUUUUUACAACGAAAAGUAA